AUGGACCACAAGGAUUUGACAAUAGGAAUAGUGAUCUUACUUCAGAGUACAGUUGGAAUUGUAGGGAAUUUCUCUAUUCUUUCCUGCUACCUCAUCCAUUACUAUACUGAACAGGCACUAAAGAUCACAAAUUUGAUUCUUACACACAUGUUCACAGCCAACUCCUUGAUCAUUCUCUCUAAAGGAUUACUCUAUAUAACGAGAGCUUUUGGGAUGGAAGGGUUCAUCAAUGAUUUUGGCUGCACCUUUCUUUUGUAUAUUGAAAGACUAGGCAGGGGCAUGUCCAUAGUGACAACCUGCUUCUUGAGUGUUUUCCAGGCCAUCACCAUCAGCAGUGGGAACUCCUUUUGGCUGGUUCUCAAAGUCAAAGCUUCAAAGCAUAUUGGUCUCUUCACUUCCCUCUGCUGGAUUCACUACAUGUCAGUAAAUAUGUUUUUCCCUGUGUAUAUGUACACCAAGGGGAAUAGCAAUAAUCUGACACAUAGAAGUGGCAUGAAAUACUGCUCUACAACAGGUCAUGAUGAGCUUGCAAGCUCAUUAUAUACAACAUUUUUUGUUCUUCCUGAAAUUUUACUUUCUGUCAUCAUUUUUUGGUCCAGCACCUCCAUGAUUAUCAUUCUGUAUAGGCACAAACAGCAGGUUCGGCAUAUCCGCAGCACCAGUGUUUCCUCCAGAACAUCCCCUGAGUCCAAAGCCACCUGCCGCAUAAUGGCCCUGGUGUCCACAUUUAUAGGUUUUUAUGCCCUCUCUUCCAUCUUACAAGGCUUAAUUGCUCUCAUAUAUAACCCUGGUUGGUGGCUGAUGAACAUUAAUGCAAUUGUUUCAAUGUGUUUUCCCACUUUGGGGCCCUUUGUAAUGAGCUGUGACUCCACAGUGCCAAGGUUGUGCUUUGCCUGA